CGAUUAAGUUCAAUUUCCCAAAAUCUUGGAACUCUAGAAGACUACGCAACUCACCCCGAUCACUAUCACGAUCACGAAUACAAUUGCAACCCUCAAUUCGUGAUUGCCAUUCUAAUUGAUACUGCGCAUCUUCGUCGUUUCGAGACCUCCAUUCAUUCAUUCGCUUGGUUUUAUUUUCUGUUUUUAGCGUCAGUUUCGCACCUCGAAUUAGUCGAUUUUCCCGAGUUGUCGCCCCGUUUAUACACAAACACGUCGCGACACCGCCUAAUCCGUUCCACCUUGCCGGCUCCUGAAUUCGCUACUACCUACGCUAUAUACUGAUUCCUUCGAGGUUAUGGACUCCGUCGGAAAAUAGAGUGUUUGCGCCGUGUCGGAAGACGAUUCAUCGUCAGCUGUGGUAUCUCAAAGUUGGGCGUAGUCAAGACCGAGGCGCAUUAUAUUGCCUCGGUCACUAGUUACGAUUCACCAUGAAGAUAUCAUUCAGCCGAAGCCUUGCUACGCGUAGCAAUUUCUCCAUGUCGUCAUCAUGGCUUCUCACCGUCGCCUCCCUCUCAUCACUUUCUCACGCCAUCACCUUUAAUUCGAUACCUGACGCGGGACUCGACACAAGCCAACUGGGAAGGGUCGGGAUCGCUGGUGAUUUUAGUGGCAUUUCCCUCUACCAAUAUGAAGGGCAAACGGAGCAGCCUUUCAACACCAACGGGUCUCAACAACUUUUGACGCGCCUUCCGAAUGGUCUCUUCGUCAGCCUACUGGAAGCGGACGCAUCCAUCCAGACCAUGUGCUCAUUUCAAGGACAGGUUAUUCUAGGUGGUAAUUUUACUAGUUUAGGCGGAGUCCAGUCACCUGGAAUUGCUUCCUAUGAUCCUAAUACUUCCAAGGUCACACCUAUAGCUAAUCUUUCCGGUCAAGUUAACAGCUUGUUCUGCGAUGAUGCGGCCAAGAAGGUUUAUGUUGGAGGUAGUUUCAGAGCAGUGGACUCAACCAAUGCGAUAACGUGGCUCGCGUCGAAAAGCUGGGCAAGCUUGCCAUUUGCUGGUUUUAAUGGACCUGUGAACUCGAUCACGAAGGCGCCCAGUGGCCAUAUCGUUUUUGGUGGUAGCUUUACCGGCCUAGGAAAUACGAGUACACCGAGAACGCCCGAUGGCCAGGUUAUCAAUCUUUCUACCGCGACUAUUCAAGCUGAUUCAGGCACGUCAACGGCGGGUUUUAGUGACCCUAAGAACAUUGUCUGUAAGACUGACGGGGUCGAUGGCUCUGGCAAUACCUGGCUCUUGGCCGAUAACACCGCAGGAGCGUGGAAGGCUACCUUUAACUUCGGCUUCGAGCCUACUAAACUCCGGCUUUGGAAUACUCACCAGGACGGUCGGGGAACCAAGACAUGGAGGUUCACUGCGCAGCCAAUCAAUGGCAUCAUGAACUUUACUUAUAUCGACCCGGCAACUCAGCAGAAUCUCACAUGCACAAGUGAGUGUCCUCUUAGCAACGACCCCUCGGUCAAGUUCCAGGACUUCCACUUUGUGAACAGUAUCGGGAUGAACGCAUUUAGCAUCGAUGUGUCUGCGUGGUAUGGUAGUGGUGGUGGCCUAGAUGGUAUCGAAUUAUUCCAGGAUGAUAUCUUCGCUUUUGCGAUCAACGAUUUCAAUGAACCGACCUGCGCCAAUACUUCAACUCCCUCGACAGCCACGGCUACAGGUCCCUGGACGACGACUACGUCUGGACAGAGUAACUCAGAAUACCUGUCGGCUGAGCUAUUGAAACCUGUUGCCUCUGAUGCUGCUUCAGUCGUGUUCUAUCCCGACAUCAGGGAAGCCGGUGAAUACAUUAUUAAAUUGUACACACCAGGUUGCCUCCAAGACAACACAUGUUCAACACGUGGCCAAGUCAAUGUAUCCGGAACAUUAUCAGCCAGUGGCACCAAUCGAACUUUGCAGUCCCGGAUUCUUUACCAGACGAACGAGUACGAUAAAUAUGAUCAACUUCACAUUGGAUCCGUCGAUGCUAGCUCAAGUUCCUUCCGACCUAGCAUUACCAUGACGCCUGUUCCCGGCCAAGACCAGACCAUACCCGGUGACAACUUCGUCAUGGUUGCUCAAAGGGUUGGAUUUGAGCUGCUCAACUCUACCGGAGGUCUGAAUGGAUUGUUCGAGUAUGACCCUAGCAGUGCUACUGUUGAUACAACAAACUUCUCUAGCUCUGCUUUCGCUAAGCUCGGUUCUUCAUUCUCGAAUAAUUCUGCGGUAGCGUCACUAGCUGCUACUAGCGAUAGGACUUUUGUUGGUGGUAAUUUCACAUCUGACAGUGUACAAAACAUUGUUGCCAUCGAUAAGAACGGACAGACCAUAGCUCUCGACGGCGGCCUAAACGGCGAAGUCGUAUCGAUGUAUCUGGAUGGAAACCAAUUAUUCGUUGGCGGUAGAUUCAACAAUACUCGAGAGGGAUCUACAUCAGGACUAGGCAAUGUUGCCGUUUAUGACAGCACAGCUAAUAAAUGGACCGCACUCGGAGCUGGUGUGGACGGAGCCGUGACAAGUAUUGUGCCCACCACAUUAAAUUUGAGCAGCACAGCAGAAGACGUUCUCACUUUGACCGGUGAUUUCUCACAUCUGCUCGCAUUCGGCAGUAACACAGCUGUUGAGGUAAGCGGUUUUGCCGUCUGGGUCAAAUCGCAAAGUAACUGGCUACAAAAUUUGAAUGCAACUGUCCCGCUCGUGAGCGGUGUGCUGUCGACGUCAUUGGCUUUGUCUGAUAACCAGACUCUCUUCGCUGGUUCUAUAUCUUCUCAGCUUCUUGAAGCAAAUGGCGCCGCGACUUUCUCUGAUGGCUUUGGCAAGUUUCCUAUUAACAUCCAACCUCCGGCCGGCGUUUCCGAUAGCUCCACAAGUGGGCUGUCCAAGCGCGCGAGUUUGCUCAAUAGCACUAAUACUAUUGCCGGUGUUGUUUCCGGGGCGUUCUACGAAACCGACGGGAGAAACAUCACAGUCCUUGGUGGCCACUUCGUUGCGACCGCGUCUAAUGGAUCUACUAUCUAUAACUUGGCCUUAAUUGACGGCGCGGACUCCAACACCGUGACAGGCCUGGGAACGGAAAUAUCUGUGGACUCCGUUUUCCUAUCACUUGCAGUUCAAGGUGAUAACCUGUAUGCUGGAGGGCGAGUCAACGGUACAGCUCAGGGAUCCGAUGUCAACGGCCUCAUCUCAUAUAACCUCGUGUCGAAGUCGUUCAAUAAUCAACCCCCAGCUCUGGCCGGUGAUAAUGUCACAGUCUCCUCCGUCAAUGUCAGGCCAGAUAGUUCGGACGUUUACGUCGGUGGAUCCUUUGAAAGAGCUGGAUCACUUCCAUGCCCCAGUGUCUGUCUUUUCAGCACUUCAACUAGCCAGUGGAAUCGACCAGGCUUUGAGCUAGGGGGUGAUGUCAAUUCUAUGAUGUGGUCGACCAAUUCCGUUUUAUUUGCCGGUGGUAAUUUGACAAUCAACAACAGCGCGACGUACCUGGCAUCCUACGAUGCAUCUGGUAAUCAUUGGACUGCGUUUUCAGGCGCCUCGGACCUUCCGGGUCCUGUAAUUGCUUUGACUGCUGCAAACAGUGCUAGAGACCAGGUCUGGGUUGCCGGCACUCAAUCUAACGGUUCGACAUACCUGAUGAAGUACGAUGGUUCAUCUUGGAAGACGGCGGCAGUUGCGCUAGAUCAAACUACUGUAAUUAGCAACUUGCAAAUGUUCACGAUAACGGGAUCGCAUGAUUCGUCGGAUCUCAUUGCUUCCAACCAGGUCCUAUUGCUUACAGGCUCUAUCGGAAUACCUGGCUUUGGGACAGCAUCGAGCGCAAUCUUCAACGGCACUACAGUACAGCCUUUCGCACUAACCUCGAAUGCGGAUGGCAAGACUGGGUCGAUCUCUCGAAUUUUCGUACAGAACGACAAUUUCUUCACCUCUUCAAGUGGUGGUAUGCCGCGCGUAUUUGUCGCUCUAAUCGGGCUUGCUAUCUCCUUGGGCAUUAUGGUACUCAUUGUACUGGCUGGCCUUGCAUUAGACCGAUAUCGCAAGAAGCGGGAAGGUUAUAUCCCGGCUCCGACGUCCAUGUUCGAUCGUGGCAGUGGCAUGCAACGGAUACCGCCGCAUGAACUACUUCAUUCCUUAAACCAAGGCAGACCAGGAGCCCCGACUGUGUGAGAAGCAACAUCGGCACGGUCUUAAUACUAUAAAGUCUCGGCAACUGAGUCUGUCUUGGAUAAAGGACGUAUUUAGCACUAGCCUGUCAUUCGAUGUGUCUAGGUAGUGCUCCCCCCGAAAAAAAGUAAAUCCUAGAACUAGACCUGGCGCUUGCUAA